ACCGGUGUCCUUUAACUAAAGAUAUUACAGGCGCCGUCUUUUAUGUUAUAAGUUUUUAACACCCUAUGUCCUUUAGUGCUAACCUAGUUUAAUUUUUUGGUUAAGUCUUACCAUGUGCCUCUCACAUGAGGGCAAUAUAGUCUUUUCAUCUAAAUUAUACAUUUAAAAACUAAAUAAAUAAUCUCUAAAAACCCAUCUCAUAAUAGCAGUUGAUUGUUCGUAUUCCUCUCAAAAAAACCCUCUCAUAACAUCAUCUGAUUGUUCCUAUUCCUCUAAAUACAAAAAAACGAAACCUUUCAGUGGUGUCUUCUACAUGCGACAAGCCCUAGAACAAAACGACAUGGAUGAAAUUUAUGAAACUGAUGAUCAUUAUCCUGUUAAGGAGGGAAGCUUUAUUCAUGUUGAGAGUGAAACCAAUGUUUAUGAUAGUGUGCUUGAUGAGGAUGAUAGUGACUAUAUAGUUGAUAACGCUAAUAGGCAUGAUGAUCCUGAAGUAGACAUGAGGGAUUUUAGGUUACAUGUUGACUUGGAUGUAGAGGACAUUAACAUAGGUGUUCUAAGAGAUAUUGAAGAAGAGGAUGAGGGUUUGGACAAUGAGGCUUUUGACAGUGGCUCAGAAUCCGAUGAGAAUGCAACAAGUAUUAGGAGACGCCAAUUAAAUUAUCUUAGAAAGUCAAAUGAAACCACUGUCAAUUUCUAUCUAGGCCAGAUUUUUGGAAGUAAGGAAGAAGGGAAGCAACUGAUCAAGGCACAUGCUGUUGAAACUAGAAGGAUUAUUAAAAUUAUAAAGGAUGAUAACAUAAGGGUUAGGGCAGUUUGUCAAGGGGCUUUACCAAGUUUUGAAACUAACGUAGAUGGAUCCAAUGUGUUAGAAGGAAAAGGACCUGGCAUAAAUGUUGGUGGGAGGGGAAAAAAGACUAAUCCUCAUCAAUAUCAAUGCCCUUGGGUGGUUUUAAUUUCAAAAGACGGUCAAAGUGAAUCUUGGAUGGUGAAGACUUUGAUUACAGAACAUAAAUGCCUUCAAACUAGAAACAUUUAUGCUUGCACAUCCACUUUCUUAUCUCAACAAAUGUUAGAACAAAUUGAUGAAAAUCCGGAAAUACCUGUGAAAGCAGUUCAAGAACAAUUUCAAAGGAGAUAUGAAUUAGCGGUUUCCAAGAUGAAAGCAUACAGGGCCAAGAUCAAAGCUAAGAAACAAGUACAAAGAGAUUACGUUACACAAUAUGCUCGGCUUAGAGAUUAUGCCAAUGAACUUCUUAAUAGAAACCCAGGUUCAACUGUCAAGAUAGAGGUUGAACCAGUAAGGAACCCAAAAUCUAGAAAGAGAAUAUUCAAGCGGAUCUAUGUAUGCUUGGGGGCUUUGAAAGAGGGGUUUAAAGCAAUAGGUAGGGACUUGUUGGGUCUAGAUGGAGCUUUCAUGAAAGGUCCCUUCCCGGGUCAGGUGUUAACAGCAGUGGGUAUUGACCCGAAAAAUGGAAUCUACCCACUUGCUUAUGCAGUUGUAUAGGCAGAGACUCUUAGCUCUUGGACUUGGUUUCUUGAAUGCGUAGGAGACGAUUUGGAGUUGGCUAGAAACUCCAACUUUACAUUUAUCAGUGAUAGACAGAAGGUAUUAUUUGUAUUGUUAAAGUGUUUUGAUUUGUGUUGUUUAAUUGGUUUGUUAUAUGCUCUUAAGGUCUUGUACUUGUACUUGUAAGGCAUGGGAGAUAACCGGGAUACCAUGCAAACAUGGUGUGGCAGCAAUUUGGUACAAGGCUAGCAACAGACAACAAGUUGGAAUACUAGAAAGUUGGGUACAUCCGGUGUACAGGAUGGAUACAUGGAGACAUGUUUAUAGUUUCAAGGUCAACCCAAUUAAUGGCAUGUCUAUGUGGCCGAAAUCACAAGUUCCUACUACUUUAAAACCACCACAUUAUCACAAGCAAGUGGGAAGACCAAGAAAAGCAAGGAAGAAAUCUGCAGUUGAAUUGGAAGAUAUCACAAAAGGUGGAAGGUUGUCAAAGAAGAAUACAAUUCAGACUUGUCGCAACUGUAAAGAAAAAGGCCAUAAUAUCAGGAGUUGCAAGAAAGCCAGAUCACAAGUUUAGUGGGUGUUGACUUUCAAAGUCAAAGGGUGGUCACAGUUUUUGGAACUUUUAGGUUUAAGUUUUUUUUUUGUCUUUUUGGAACCUUGGCAGUAUGCAUUUCAAGUACUUUCUUUUGUAAUCUUGGGUUGGUAUGGUUUAGUAUGAUUUUG